UCCCCCAGCUAACAGCGAUGGGGUGGCAGGCGAUGACCUCAAGCUCCACCAGGUGGGGAGCAGCGGUGGCUGCUGUCCCUACAACGAGACGGCAGCCACCAGGGGGACCAGCGCACACGCACGGAACAACUACGGCGGCUCCAUUGCGCAUCACCUGCCAGCUGCUGGGCUCGAAAGGAUUCCAUCAGCACAGGUUCCUCCCCUAAGGACGGCGUUUGGGGCGAGCAGAUGGAUGCAGAGGGAAGCAUCAGGGUGGCCAUUAGGAACAAUUCUUUUUUUCCGAUGGAGAUGCGUCGCCACAGAAAGGGGGUCCCAGCGACCUUCCAGCAAGUCGCUGCUCCGUUGGAGGGCGUCUGCUGAAGGGCUGCGCAGGGCACAAGUGUCUCCUACUUCCUCAGGAAACUUAUCUGAGCUGAGUACAGCCAGCUGUGCACUGGAGUCGGAUGGACAUGUUCUGCUGGCUGCUGCUCACCGGCCUCCUGCUGCAAGCAAGUAAGGUACGUGCCAGCGAUGGGAUAGAUGUCUUCGGGGCCGAGGGCAAAUCCGUCACAUUCCACCUUCAGAAAAUGACAGAAGGAGUCUUGACCUGGAGCUUCCGUGGCGAAACCAUACUGGUCAUCAAAUUGGGGGCAUCUCCUGAGCUCGUCUAUUCUGACAAAUCCUUCACGUCCCGCGUGGCCUUCCCCAACAAUGGCAGCACUCUCACCAUCUCGCAGCUGAGGAGGAGCGACGCUGGCACCUACUUAGCCAAAAACAAUGACGUCAAAGUGAACUUCACCCUCCACGUGUACCGUGAAUUGCCGGAGCCGACGGUGAGUUGCACGGGGUGGAACUGCUCGGCUGAGAGAUGCUUCUACACGCUGCGCUGUGCCGUGGACUAUCCCGGGGACAGUUCCUUCUUUUGGAGCUACAACGAGCGGCCAGAGAGCAAGGGAUCCGAGUUGGUGGUGGAGAGGCUGCGCCUUGGGGAUCUGGACCCGCCACUGUACACCUGCACAGCGUGGAACCCCGUCAGCAGCCGCAACACCACUGUCUUGCCCUCUGCCCUCUGUGCAGAAAGCACGGCCCGCAUCCCCGCUGCCGGCACCUCCUCCAGCAGGCUCACUGUCAUCGUAGUGGGUUUGAUGAUUGGACUGCUCGUGCUCUUGGCUAUCAUCUUUAUCACUGUUAAAUUAAAAGGCUGCAGGAGCCACAACCUGAAUGUUCCUGCAGCUCGCAGAGCAGGGGCUGCAGCAGAGAACAUGACAGUGUAUGCUGAGGUCGGUGAUGUUGAUCAGGUACACACGCGGAAUUGCCAUAGGGCACAGAAAGGUGACCCAAAGAAGUCGCCAGCCUCAGGGGAGAAGAGCUCCAAAACCAUUUAUGUCACCAUCUCAGAAAUGGCCAAGACAGAUGAUGAGAAGAUGAGCAGCAGGGCGCCGGGGUGCUUGGAGCAGGAGAAAAGCCUCUACUCCACGGUCGAGGAGCUGCAUCCCACAGCGCAGCCCUGGAAUGCCCAUGUGCUCCUCCCUGCCACUGGGGAGCCGUCCCCAUCAUGGACACAAGGAGACGAGCACCACGGGAAUGCAGUGCUCAACUGGGACAAGAGCUCUGACUGUGUGUUGCCAUCCGGGUGAGAUUUGGGAUCCUGUGGCCACACCAAGGGACACGGACCAAAGCUGUGGCUGCAAACCCAGCCCUGCCCUGCAGAGACCUUGCUCCCGGGAUGCUCCCUCGGUGAGGGGCCUCAGCAGAGGCUGCACGGAAGGACGGGAGGACUCGAUGAGAUUCUUGCAACCCCAAAUCUUUUGCUUUUUAACGUGCUGAAUACUCUGCCGCUUCGGUGACUAAACAAAGAACGUAAAAAAUAACACUUUGUAAAACACGGUAGAAAACCAAAGGCGAGAACACGCACCUUGGCCGUGCGCAGCGACCUCACAGCCGGUGCAAUGCCCAUCCACUACACCCAAGCAUCGCUUCGUGCUGCAGUGAAGCUACGUGUGGUCCUGCAGGAGAUGGUGCAGGGCUGCGCUGGGCAGGAGGGGGUUCACUCUCAGAGGAAAACAUGACAAAGGAUGUGGCCCGGUGCCAUUCUGCUCAACUCCUUUAAUAAUACUGGUGCGUGAAGCGCUGGAGCAUCGUGGUCGCAGCACAGGGCAGCUCCCAAGCAGCCCCCAGCCUCGAGAUGCUGCAUGGGGGGGGCACAACUGGGGCUGCUCCCUAGCAGGGACCGGGUUGCUGGGAGGGGGGGGGAAGCUGGGGACGUGGUGCUGUGCAUUGUCCCAGAGCCCCUCGCCAUCCGUUUCCAGACGGACACCGCUUCCCGCGUGCUGCUUCCUCUUUGUCUUGUCUGCGCGGAUACUGAAUUAUUCAGGGAUGGAACCGGAGAUCCUUUGAAGUGCCUGGCACAGGAGAGCCCUCUAGGAGCUGCCGGAAUAGAAAUGCAAGCCACAUCUGAGCUCCAUUUCUUUCUGCUUUUUUUGUUGGGGGGGGGGUGAAAACCAUCUGAUUGACAAACCCAAUGCGCGUUGUCUUUAUUUUCACAGCACGGUCAGAUACGGUUCGUUUUUACGUUUCUUGAAUUUGCACCCAUCGAUUAAAAAAAAAAAAAAGA